AUGCACUCCCCCUCCCCCUCCUCCUCCUCCUCCCUUCGCCCCCACCCAACAAGUCCCGUCCGUCCCCCACCCGCACCACCUCCAAACCCCCCACCACCACCCACCUCUGCCUAUGGCAAGAAACGCAAGGUCGAGCGCGCCUGCGACGCCUGCCGUCGUCGCAAGACCCGCUGCGACGGCCCAAAGAUGCCCGACAACGUCUGCUCCACCUGUAUAUCCAGCCGCAGAAAGUGUACCUACAUGUCCGUCUCUCUCCCUUGCCUCUAUCUCGCGUAUCACCCCGCUCACGUCCCCACGCGCCCCUGCACUACCCCUAGAGAAGCUUCGAAGCCCAGAGGCCCGCCCAAAGCGUGA